AUGCACUCUAGUCAGAGAAUGGUUUGCGAGAAGAUCGGUGACCCUGUGAAGUCGGCCGUGCCUGAGCCAUGCGAUUACCAUCACGCCUUACUGGCCGGCGAUCAUGUAUGGAUGUUUGGAAAAACAUUUGUCAAUCAGCCGUCAUACAACUGGGGUAACCGAGUUGCAUUGGCCGGUACGUACGGAGUGGCAUUUAACCUCGGUAAUAACAAAUGGGAGGAGCCUCAGAAAUUCCCAGCUCUGUCGCAAGAGGAAAAUGUCAGCGAAACCUUAUUCGUUCUCAAUAAGACCAUUUACAUCCUUCUGUUUUCGGCAUUUAGUGAACUUUCGAUGAAAUCGGUUCACAAAUGGACAGGAUCUGGUUGGGAACCAGUAAAGCUUGAGGCAUUCCCAGCAAUACCUGCUGAUGAUCCGGCAGAGCGAGUUACUGUUGUAGUAGCGGAAGGUCCUCAUGAAAAUUCGAGGUACAUAGUCAGUACAGUCGGACGAAAGAUUAGAGUUGCUCACCUGACGUUAUCCGAUGGCGCUGUUAAAAUUGCACACGUCCUGGAUGUACCGGAAGGCGCUGCGAUUCCGGGUGCACAAGCUGUAUCGGCUGUGGAAAGUGGAGAUCGGUUGUUAAUAGGUUAUGGUGUUCAUGGUUGUGGGUUCCGAUGGGAAAAGAACCGCCUCAUACUGUGCGAUCUUAGCAAGAAGUCCUGUGAAGCACUUCAGGUAGCUCUUUUGAAUAUCUACGAGUGGUUUCGAUGUUAUGCCAUCUUACCAAUUCAGAUUCCUUCUGAAGCAGCUCCGAGAUGGGGAUUCAGUGGUGCCAAAGGGCUAUGUCUUACACCAUCUGGAGCAUGGGUUCAUGCAGCAGGAAGUGUCCCGUCAGGCAUGACUGGGAGUUCCUUCGAUGGCUCCGUUUGGGCGCUGUCGAGCCUGGGUUCCACGCCCAUAUGGCAGCAGCUUGAAGGAAGUAUACCCUCUGAGGGAGAUGUGGUGAUCGGCAACGGACGUGUCAUUAGUAUCGAUAACGACGGAGUGCACAGCCAGCAACUGAAGGAACACUGA